UAUAACAAAAAUCGCUUCCCUUUGAUUUCCACUUCAAACGUAUCACAAAUAGUCAACAGCCUUUGACGCUCGUCUUCUCUUCUCUUCCUGAACUUACACAGCCUCUUCAAUGGCGUCCUUACAAUCCUCUUUCUCCUCAAUUUCCGCUAUCCGUUCUUGUUGCUCGUCGUCGUCUUCUUCCUUGACGCCGACCACCACCUCCCUCACCAUGUUGCCGGAGACCGACCGGAGAAGCCCCGGCGUCGGCCAGAGAUUGGCCUGCCGAGCCAUGGUCCAGCAGACCGUACAGGGUGCCCCCGCGGCCUACGCCAAGGAAAUGGAGAGGCUGUCUGCUAAAGAAUCGCUUCUUCUCGCGUUUAAAGAUGCUGGGGGUUUUGAGGCGUUAGUAUCUGGAAAGACAACUGAUAUGCACAUGAUUGACGUCAAUGAGAGAAUAACUGGGCUUGAGCGGCUCAAUCCGACACCUCGUCCAACGACGUCGCCCUUCUUAGAAGGUCGGUGGAAUUUUGAGUGGUUCGGGUCUAGAAGCCCUGGUUUAUUUGCUGCCAGAUUCAUAUUUGAGAGAUUUCCCCCGAACUUAGCUAACUUGUCAAAAAUGGAUGUAGUGAUCAAGGAUGCAUAUGCAAAUAUUACAGCAAACACGAGACUUUUGAACUCGAUAGAGUGCAGGUUUAUUCUUUCAACUAAAUUGUCUGUCGAAGGGCCACUUCGAAUGAAAGAGGAAUAUGUUGAAGGGGUUCUUGAGACUCCAAAGGUGAUUGAAGAAACAGUACCUGAUCAGCUAAAAGGUGCACUUGGUCAGGCAGCUAGCACAAUACAACAACUUCCCAUACCUGUUAGGGAUGCUUUCUCUAGUGGGCUUAAAUUUCCCCUAAGUGGAACUUUCCAGAGACUAUUUAUGAUCUCUUAUCUUGAUGACGAGAUACUUAUAAUAAGAGAUACCAGUGGAGUCCCUGAGGUCCUCACAAGGCUAGAUGCACCCUCAUCUCCCUUGGCAGAGUCCAUUACAGAGUAUGAAAGCUAAUGACUCUUUCAUGUAUGAAACUGAUUUUUCCCCCUCUUCAAUUAGAAUUCAAAUUCUCAUUUGAUCUCUCUCGUUUUCUUCCUUCCCCUUGUUAUCUUCGCCUGUAUUCUGAAUACUUGAAAAAAAAACUAAAAAAUAAGAAUGAGAAAAAUCUUCGAUACUUCAUAAAUCAUUCGA